GGGUAUGCUGGAUUUUCCUGGGGACAAAAUACGGAUUGUUCGAAUGUUGCAAUUGCAACAGGAAAUUGGGGUUGUGGCGCUUUUCAGGGCGAUUGCCACUUAAAAUCAUUAUUACAAUUUUUGAGUGCCGCUCAAGCCAAUCGAGAUGUUGCUUACUUUACAUUUGGUGAUACUACGUUGAAAGAAUCAAUUCAUGAUAUGCACACAUUUUUGAAAAAUCAAAAUCUCACAGUUGGUUAGUUUAUUAUGCUAUCAGAUUCGUAUAUUUGUGUGAUAAUUACAUUUUUUUUACAGGUGAAAUUUGUAAGAUACUUAUUAAAUACAAUAUGUACUUUUUGACCCAUCCUAAUGUUGGACUGUAUGAAUAUAUUUAUAAUGCUGUUAUAAACAAUGAUGCACAGGUUGGUGCGUAAAAUUACAUUCAACAUACAUUUUAUCGUUUAUGGUAAACCAUAUACAUUGGUUAUGUUGUUUUUAGAAAUGCCAUUCUGAGGAAAAAUCAACCCAAGUAGAUACUAAUAAUUAUAAUCAACCAAUUACUCUUGAAGAGGUAACGACCAAUUCAAGUCCAAGUAUAAUUGAGGCAACUCCGGAAAAAGUUGAUGACAAUUUGAAACCAAAUAAUAUUGAUAUGAUGAAUAGUUGUAUUCGAUCGAUUUUGCCUGAAACAGUACUGGACUGUUCGAAUCAAAACAUAAUCAAGUCAACUCCCGAAAAACUUGAAAAAAAUUCUCAAUCAGGUAGUAUUAAUAUUAUAAAUAAUUCUAAACAGCCGAUACCAUUGAAAGCGGUAGUGACCAGUUCGAGUUUGAACAUAAUUGAGUCAACUCCAGAAAAACACGAAGAUGAUUCAAAAUUAAGUACUAUUAAUUGUAUAAUAGAAUCCAAAGACAAUAUGGACAAACAAGAAUUCCAAGACGUCAAGUUUUUGUCUGUAAACCAAUUUAGAUUAAGAAAUGAUGAAGAGCGUACAAAGUGUAUUAAACAACAGAAAAAUAGUUGGUUACAACUGAAAGAUUCCCAAAAAGAUUUCCAGUCCGUAGAAAAGUCAAGUGUUAUCGGACCAUUGAGUACUCUAAAAAGAGACAGAGAAGAUAUUAAUGUGAAAAAAAGAGUAAAGCGUAAAAUAUCAGAUUACUUUAAAAAAAAUUAAUGACUGUUAUUAAAUUUAAGUAUUUUGAUUUAAUUGUACAUAUUAUAUUAAUUUAUAGAUGCCUAAUAUUAAUUUAAUUGAUUCUCAUUUAAAUGAAAAAAAAUAGAUGUUUCACAAUAAUAAAAUGGAUUAUUUCAUCGCGUAAACGAUACAAAUUUAAUUCACAUAUCAAACUUGUAAAAUUAAGUACUAUAGCCUAAUCUGAAGUGUUGAUAAUUUUGGCAUAAUUUUCUGCAGCCGAUAUAAACUGUUGGAUAUUUCCUUCGUACUUGGAUACGAUUUCGUUGCACGAGUUUGCUAGUGUUGUGUCGGCCAUUACUGCUAGUCUCAAUUGUCCUCCAUAGUUGAUUAGCGAUAACGACAUACCUGAAACAAAAUGUAUGUCCAUGAUUUGGCUAGAAUUGAAUAUAACAAUUUUUUAUAGCAAAAAUGAAUUAAAUUUCGUAGCCGCAAAGAUAUUUACAUUCAUCAAAAAUUCAUUAGAAAAGAAUCAAAGUAAAAUUGUAAUUACAUAUGUCUAUAAAAAUAAAUUUACUGUAAAAUUUAAAGUGAAGGUGCCAAAUUGAAAAUAUUUGUUAAAUUAUUUUUUCAAAAUUGAUUGUAUUAUUUUAUUUGUAUUAUUGUUACUAUACUUUCAUUUGUAUUAUUUGAGAUCAGAUGUUUCCGUACUUCAAAACUAAAUGUGUUCUUACUGUAACAUUUAAAUAAAAAAAAGACUGACAUACUGUUAUAGGUAAGACGUAAGGAUAGAAUUUAAAAAAAAGGACAUACUUAGCACGAUGGAUAGGCCACUGUUAUAGGUGAGAAGUUGGGAAGGUAAGAUAUAGAAGGGAAUUUAGUAUAUUAUAUAUAUGAAUGAAUACAACAAUAAGCCAUUGACAAUGAAAAACGAUUUGAAGCGAAGUUCGGGUAUACAUUUUUUAUAUUUAUGACUUUUGUAAAAAUUCCUACACUUACAUAAAAAAAAAAAUUAAAUACUAAAUUUUGUUUUUGAUCACAAAGAAUGACUUAUAAUGAACCAUCUAUUAAAUUUUCAUGUAUUUCUGUUUAGUCUAACAAUUCUAACACGCAAAAAACUAGCAAAAUUAAAAUGUCUAUAAUUAGCUUAAAAAUAGCGCAAAUGGUUUGAAAAUGUUGGUACGCCUAAAAAAGGUUUUCUGUUAAAAUUUCAAGUUUACGAAUGUUUUUACCUGAAUUACAACAAAAAAAAAAAAAAAAAAACAAAAUUGAAAAUAAUAAAAGCAUUUGGUACCUACCUAUUUUCGUGAGUUGUCCCGUUUCCGGUUUUUCUCAAUUAUUAUGAAACCCCGUUGGAAAUUCGAAAAAUACCAUCUCAAGUAGAUCAAACUGCCUUUCAGAAAAAGAGUUGCAUAUUUAUGAAAUAUCGGAGCGAAAUUUCUAGUAGAAAAGUAAGUCGUUCACAGAAAAAAAUAAAAAUCAUCGCUACGUUCCGAAUCAAAAAUUGUUUGCAUUGUUUACUAAAGUCAAAAAUGAAAUGCACACGUUUUAUGUUCACACACUGUUUGUUGCCGAUAAACCGUAGAUAAACUCAUCAAUAAUUAGAGUAAUCGGUAAGGUUAGGUUAGGUCCGGUUAGUAGAUGUUUUUAGGUAUUUAGGAACACUUACAGACGUUGGCCUGCGGCGGUCUGCAGUAAACGAUUGCGUCCACCUCUUGGCCCCACAAGAGCCGACGUUUUUUCCGAUCCGACUUGUGUUCCUCGACGUAAGUGACGGACAAUGGGUAUUUUUUGGACAGGAACUCGAGCCCGUAACUGACCAACGGUGAGGGCAGGAACGACGUGGCCAGGCUGUGGUCGAUCUGCCACAUGGACGCGAUGUACAGUGCCGUCUGGCCACUGAUGGCUUCCUGCAGACACUCUUGCAUCAUGUGCAGACAGUAAAUGGGGUCACCGAUGUCGGCGUCCAUCGGGAGCGGGAGCGCCAGGAGACCGUACGUGACGACGUGCCGGUUGUUUAGUUGGAACAGAUUGGCCUUGGAAACGAAUCUCGUGGUGGUCAUCACGGUGCCGGCCGGGAAAUGCACGCCGCUGUCGGCGAAAUAUUCGCGCAGGACGGCGGCCAGCAUGGCCAGUUGGAUUUCGCACGUGGCCGCGCCCGUGUUAUCGUGUACGGUGCCGACCGUGUCCAGGUCGAUGGGCCGGGACCAGGCGACGCACUUGUUGCCGCCGACCGCCGGUGCCGGGCCCGCGCUACUCUCCGAUCCGCCGAAGAACGGCAACACCAGUUCCCGGAUGACGGUGCUCGGCGCGUGGUAUAUCAACCGGGCCAGGUACACCAGCUCGGACACGGAGUACAGUAGCACGUAUGUCCAGUAUACGUACGUAGACGUGUUCCGGAUCACGAGGAGCACGGUGAUGGGCAACCGGAGUACGCAGUUGACCGUCAACCACCAGCCGAACGACGUCCACACGGCCGGAUGGAACGUGUUGAUCAAGCUCUUGCACAUGUACCGGAAACGGAUGUUGCGGCGGACGAGCUCGCGGCCAAACCGGUGGGCGAAAUUCCGCCGGAACACUGACGUCUUCUUGUUCUUGGCCGCGGACGCGGUCACGAUCACCAUCAUUGUGCCGAAUAUGAAUACGUUCGGCCGGCGCUUGAACACCUUGGGGUUCUCCAACGGGUCGUACGUGGACACCAGUUCGUUCCACGUGUUCGCGCAGAUCUCGGACAGGUGUUGGCCGAGCCUGGGCAACGCGGUGGGCGCCUGGUACACGGUAGACAGGAUGUUCUGUAUGCUGUCAGCGUCCGCGUACUGCCCAUUCGUCGAUAACGACGACGACGAUGACGACGACGACGACGACGACGAGGACAUGUGCUCCUCGCCGGCACCACCGUCGUCUGGCCGGAGCAUCAGCAGAUCGCUCAACCCGACGCCGUCCUCGGAUGAGUACAGAUGGUGUAUCCGGACCAACAGGUAAAACGCGUUCUGGUUCCCCUGUACCGGGAUGACCGUGAUCUGCCACUGGGGCAGUUCGGCCGGUAUGACGUUGGCGAUUAUAUCGUUUACGUAUUGCUAAAAAAAAACAAUUUUAUGAAGAAAAAAAGCUGAUACAGCAGACGGAUGUGUUAUUUCAGGAUGGAAGUUGGAAGGGACGAGUAAUUUAAUUUGGUGUCGGACAAAAUCCUGCCGAAAGAAAAAAAAAAAUUUAAAUAAAGAGGUUGAAACAAACUACAAAUCAAGUGUAUUUUUUUUAUAGGGUUGAUAGCGAAUUUCAAAUAAAUUUUUAAAAUAAAACCCAAUAAAUACCCUCUCAACGCCCUGAAUCUAAAAAUUAGUAAAUGACAAGGUCCAUAAAAAUAAGGCCCGCAAUUUUAUAUUUUUGAUUUUUAUUAUAACGAAUAAAAUGACAAAGGUCACAAAUGGACUCUUGAUAAAAUAUCUUCUUCUCCGUGUUCUUCAUCCCAGCUAUUUGGAAUCGGCCACUUACGACAUAAAUUUUCACUUGAUCCGAUCUCCUUCCUCAUAUACACUGUUUGUCAUCGAAUGUCCUCAUAUCAUUCUCAAUCGUAUCCAACCACGGUCUUCCUCUUCUUGUCUUUCAUCCUACGUUUAAUUCCAUUACAAUUCAUUAUAAAUGCUUCUGAUUCCUCUCUUACCGUGAUACAGGUGUGGUUUUUUAUCAGUCUCCAAGGGAAGGGGGACUGAAUUUAGAUUGCACGUUUUGUUUAGUUAUGCAUCUACCUAUCUCAACACUACUCAACAUUUUAUUUUCAUUGAGAAUAAUGACCUAUCUACUUGUUUAUAUCACACAGUAUUGAAUUAAUUCAAUAAGAAUUAUUUUAUAGUUUCAUUCAUUCUUAAUUGUAACUAAGAAGUGUUCUAUUUACAACGUAUGCACCGUUUGGUUUAAAGAAGUUAUACGAAUUCUGAAAGCAGAUUUCAACGUUUCCAUUUUUUGAGCCAUUCAAAAAAAUCUAGGCUCAAGAGGGAAGUAACUGCUUUCUUCACUCCCUUUUAAAUCCACCACUGAAAUGACUGCCAAAACCAUUUUAAUCUAUUUUCUUUCAUUUUGUCUACUAUCGAAGAUUCCACUUAUAUAUUAUUUCCUUAUCCUAUUUUCUCUCGUUACUCCAUUUAUCUGUCUAAGCAUUAUUUUCUCUGCUACACUCAUUUUUUGUUUUAUUUUAGCUGUUUAUACCAUUCAACACUUCAACGUACAUACAACACAUUUGGUUUCACUAUACUUUUGUAGAACUUACCUUUAAGUCUCAUUGAAAUUCUCUUGUUAUAUAAAACACCUGACGUUUCUCUCCAUUGCACUGUACCUAAUACUAUGUUUCACAUCCUCGUCAAAACCACUGUCUUUUUGUAAAAAAGAUCUUAGGUACUCAAAUUCUUAACCUCUUUUAUUACGUAACCGACUAUUUUUGUUAGCUGUCUUGUCCUGUUUCUUUAAAUUCGUACUCUAUAUAUUCUGUAUUUUACUUCUACUUAUCCUUAGUCCCUUUCCUUCAAGUGUUACAUUUUUUAUAAAUAUAUUAUAGUAAAAAUAAAAAUAAGUUAAUGCCCAAAACAAAUUUUGAAACACGCUCGUUCAUUAAAUUUAAAACGUGUAUCUUUGAAAUUCACUUUGAAAAGUUUGAAAACACUAUUCGCCAGUUUAGAUCAGGUCAAAACUGGUCAAACUAUGCCUGGUAAAGUGUGACGGAAAAGUUAUCAAGAAAAGAUUUUUACUUUGUAGUUUGUUUCAUCUUCAUUAUUUUUGUUUGUUUUUUUUUGGCAGGAUUUUUUAUGGACGGCAUUUUGGGCCGGGAUUUUAUCCUAGAUUCAUUUAUCAUUUAGUUUUUAUCUGUAAAUGACGAUAAACCAUUACUAACAAAAAAGGAUUUUGGGCAGAGUAUUUUUAGUCCUUUUUUCCCUUUUGUUGUCAAGGUAACCGAGAAAUUAACAUAAAUUAUAUAGGUAUCUAAUGUUACUAGUUUUAUCAAUUUUUUAUUAAGAAAACUACAAGAAAAAUAAAAUAUAAAUCUCAACGCAUCAACUAGAUAAAACAGCUACAAGAAAGUUCAUUAUAUUAUGAAUGUUUUUGAUUAGAGUAAGGUUUUUGAAAGAGAAUACGAAAAAAAAACAUAAUAAAACCAAUACAUUCCUUGCUUCACUCAGAAUUUCAAAAAUCAGGUUUCCCGUUAAAAUUUCUUGAAUCGAUUGUUUAAAAUGAGUAUAAAACGGUUAAAAACAUUUUAUAGUAGGUCCAAUGACGUUUGAAUGCAAUAUGUAGGAGUUUUUUUUUUUUCAUAACGUAUAUGAUAGAAAACCGAGAACUUAGCACGUUUGUAGAGCGGGCUUUCCUGGAGACAUUUUGUUUGGCGUAAAGGCAUAAGUCAUUUAUAAUUGUACACGAAUUGAGCUAUUUAGAACUCCAUACUCAGGUCAGACCAUUCGGCAAUAAUUAUGCCAUUAGGCGUGUAAUUCAGGAAAAUUUUCAAAAUUUCAUUUGACCGCGUUGAAAACUGUACAAAAUGAACUUCAGCUUCCAUUUAUAGCGCAAUGGUUUCCAUUUUCGGAGGUGCUGGGGAAAUUCGACUGUAAAAUCCCCGACGUGUCCUAGCCUCUGGAACUCGUAGUUGGCGAUUUCCAAACGAACGAUAACUGCGAUGAUGUGAUGUAAUUAAUACAAUAUUGAUCGUUGGCGGUGACGACGGGCGUGGCGUUUGCACACAUAGUAAUUGCGCGCGUUGUGCCGCAAGAAAACAUAGAAAUGACGGUUUUUUUCCUCCCCUGUUUAAUAACGAUAAUAAUUGGUCAUACGACACGACACGAAUUUCGUUCCCGCGGCAAAAUCCACUGGCAAAAUAGCCUCUAAUACGCACCAGCCACUCCGUAAUGGGGGCAGGAAAACAAAAAAAAAAAUAUCGCGAUCCGUCGUUCGGUACGAACGACGACGACGACGAUUGAUCGACGAAAAAUUACUUCUUGUUCGGGGGCAAAUGUAUAGGCACCUCAAAACCUAACGAGCCGCCGGCGUCUGCACGUGUGAGUGCGACUUAAUGACGCCGUUAUUAUUGUAAUAGCUGGGUAACGAAUGACGUUUUCCCGAAAUUUUCCGCUUUUCUGUGUACAGGCGACCAAUCAAUUUUGUUUUCGUUAUAAUCAUGACGUGAGUACGAACACAAUAGUGUUUGUGUUCGCGCAGGUCGAACAUUUCUGUUACGUAAUAUUGUUCAUACGACUCCUGUCGAGUUUGAUACCGAACGCCUUGCAGGCUCGUAACCAGAGCCCGCGGAUUCGCAAUUUUUUUUUUUUUUUUAUUCCGAACCGACCUUUAGAGAAGGUAAAAAACUCGAAAGGUCCGAAAACAACGCCGAACGUCUAGUUGUUCAGAAACCUACAAUAUGUAAAUUAUGUAAACUAACGUCCUAUGUUACAAUAUAUCACAUUAGUGUAUUGCCCUGACAAAAGAAACGAUAAGGAGCUUCGUGAGACAACAAUAAAAUUACCGCGCGCGUGACAAAUUGUAUCAAAGGACAGAGACUGUACAAACGGUUCGGGCGUGCAGUGUGCAGGAAGAAGGAAAACGGAAUCAAAGCGGUUGUAGACGAAUAUGACGGUGACCAAUUGCAGGCGAAAUAUCAAGGCGGAACAUCCGGAUAUUGUUGGCCGGACGAAAUUAAACCAGACUCGGAGGAAUCGGGCAAUAUGGAUUGAGAAGACGCCGAGACGUGCCGUUAAAGAGUGUCGUGUUGACUGUAUUAAAAGUUUUGAAGAGCUAUUAAGCUAUUGCGACGACGAAUGAGAGCUUAUAAUACGUAAUACAAAUGAAUCGAAAUAAAUUAUGACGAAUUGAUAAGAUGGGUUAUUGAUUUUUGAUUCGUCCGGUUCGAUAUUAUUCACAACAUUCAAUUUGAUAUUUGGACAGUUUGUAACAUCACUAUAAAUACAGGCUUAUAGCGUAGGUAUCUAAUGAGUCACAAGUCAUGCUCAUUAGCUAUUGCUAAUUGCUGAAUAAUAAUUGUAUUGUUCGUUAAGCAUUACUCAUGAGUCAUUGCUAAUAUAAUUUUUAUACGGAAAAAAAUAAUAAUAUUGUUCCCGUAUUGUGCAAUAACUGUAUCUAAUAAUAUUUGUAUGCAUUUGUAAUCAUUUUGUAUUAUUGUAUUUGUUUAUUGUUCGGUUCAACGUCAACGCUGAACUCUAAACUCUCGCUUGGAACAUUCUAAGAUAUCAAUAAAAACAGUACAGGGCGAUUAUUUUAUUUACCAUUAUAACGAUAAUUAUUGCCAUACUCUACUGCUCGGUUCUAGCAGUUUUGAACGGUUUCACCGUUAAUAAAUAGUAUAUCGAAUAUUAUAGUGAGUGUUACGUAUACGAAAAUAUUAUUUUUUUAAGCCCGCGUUAAAAUGGAAGGGGGAGUUGUUUGCCAUUUGAAAAUUAAAUGUCAAUACCCAUUUAAAUUAUCUAUUGGGAGCAACGGUGACAAUUUAAAAAUGAUGUUAAAAUACGGCUUAACGAAAAACCUUAAUAACGAUUGUGGAAAAAAAGAAAAACAGAAAUCUAAUUGAUUUAAAAAUCCUCCGAGAAAAUUGCUAGAUCGUGAUAACAGAAUCACCAUGUAUACAGUCAGAUGUAACUCAUUGCAUUUAUAGGAAUUGUUACGCGCCAACAAUAACAUUGUUUCAUAUACACGGUGAUUAUUUUUAGUUAGAUAUAUCGCUCGAAGAAGAGCGAUGUGGGCGGACCAUGUAGCCUGUCGCGAACAGAAUUUCUUUUUAGCUAAGACUGUGUUAAAAAUGACACCCUGCAAUGGUGAGAUAUUGCGGGGGUAGAUGGUAAGUUACGGUGGGUUCACGGCAUGGUCUAGUAGAACAGAAGAAGACGGGUUAUUGCGAUUAUAUUUUUAUUUACGAGAAGAUUUUGCCGAGACUUUGAGCAGCGAGUUCGAUUUCGGUUUUUCUGUCAACCAUGUAGAAUGGUCGAGAAGUUAUUGUUUCUGCGGUAUCCGGGGAGGAAAAUUGUUUAAACUGUAUAAACCGUCAUUAUAGGUUUAUAAACCUAUAUCUAUAUAGGUGCUUUUUUAUUCAUCUCGUUAAACGUAGUCUUAAAGGGUGAAUAAAGCGACAGAGAGUAGACGAAAAAAGGAAUUAGCGUUUGAAUUCCGCGAUGAACUUUUAACGUCUGCAGAUUAAAAGUUUUAGAAAAACUUUCAUACUGAGUACCGUUUUGCUCUAUGAUCGUAUCUCGUACACAUUGCGUAUAGAUAUAGGUAUAUGUGCUUUAGAUUUAAUAUACUCUACUUCCGUCGAUUCAACAGGACGAACGCGUUUUGAAAUUUUCUUUUUCGUUUACCGUAAGAAUCGGUGAUUUUAUUUUACUGUCACACGCUGACAAUAAUCAAGAAAGAAUACUAAUUGUUUACAUAUAUUAGGUUUCUUUGUGCUUUUCGUCUCGUCGCACCGCACAAUUUGAUAAACACGAUGGUUCAAUAAUGAUAAAUAUUUCGUUAAACAAACAUUGAAUAACACCUACUAAUAGUUCACCGUGUUUAUUGUAAAUAAAUUUGACGUUCGAGCGUCGAACAAACAAUAAUCGUAUACACGCGCAAUAUCUGUAUUAAAAUGUUUGGUCCGCGAUUGUUUUUUUUUUUAAAUUCAAACGUUACCUACUAUACGUUUGCGUAAACACCAGAAUCAACAAAAACACAAUUUUCGUCGAUAAUUAAUGAUUCUAAUAUUUUUUUAUCGCCACGAAGUACAAAUACGUACCGUCUAUCUAGUUAGCGAUUAACGCGUUGACGGUUUUUGGUUACGGCAAAGUUUUACGAUUACCGAAUCGUCAAGGACCAAUAAUUCAUAACGAUUCGUACAUAGUGAUUUUAUUUUUAUCACCGACAAGCGGUUUUUAUCCACCGUUAGAUUUCGGACACAUUCGAUUUCGGUUUUUUCAGGUACGAGUGGGUCACGAUCGAUAACCUAACUCGUAGAGUAACGAGCUGCCAUUAUCUAGAAUAUUUUUUGACAUUUAUCAUUUAAUAAAAUUGUCUAGUUUCGUUAACGGUUAUCGAUUUAUACGGCAAUCGAAUUGAUAAUUUUACGAAAAAUUCAAAACAUCAAUUUGCGACCGUAAAUAAAUACUAGGUCAAACCAAAAUUGAGUUGUAUAGUUAAAUUUUUGCGUUUCCCGAUAAAAAAAAAAAAAAAAAAAACCACUUUGGAAAUAAGUAUCUCUUAUUUGGCGAUGACUAAUGUUAUAUUAUGUAUCAUCGACGGGGUAUAUACCUAGGUACUCACCGUGAUGUCGUUUUCGGCUACCGCUUCGUCGGACGACAAACCGAUCACGUGGUCGUCGAUGGAGAAGUCCGAGGGUUUGGUCCACGCGUACCGGAGCCAUUUUUUCGUCAGGGAACACCGAAGGUGUGGGAAACACAGACGUCCAGUUAUCCGGUCGUAUUUGUCCACUAUAUCUGUCUAAACAAUAAUCGGGUUAAAACAAAAAUCGUUUUCCGCAGAAUCCGUCAUCGGUUAGGUUUUAAAUUUGCAAGUUACGCCGGCAAGGCGUUUGAUGGGCACGUGUCUAUCUACCAUAAUGUAGUAUAUAGUCGUAUGAAAUAUCCUGAAUUCAAACCUUACACCUGACCCGCGGUUCAAAAAAAAUAAAAAAUAAAAUACAAUUUAGUUUUCGUUCCAAAAAUAUAAACAAUUUAUUUUUUUUUUUUUUUUACAUAGAAUUUAAUUUAUUUUAGUUUUUAAAGGAGUAGGCGUGUAAAAAUCGACAAUUUCGAAACACGUUAAAAUAUUAAUUUGUUUUUUUCCGAGAGAGUGUGUCGGUGACACACCCUUGUUUUUGACGCAGGUAUAGUAAAUAAUUUGAUUUGAAAAAUAUAAUAUUCGAUUUUAAAAAUGGUAAAUUCAGUUUUUACCGACAUAUGUAUAUAUUUUAAUUUCUUACUAGCACGGUUCGGCCUACGAGUUUAUUUUCAUUUAUUUUUUUCGUUAACUCGACAUUUUCUUAUAAAACUAUAUUAUACUAAUGUUAUAUAACCUAGUAAAAUGUAAAAACACAAUGAAUGCACCUGAAUUGUGUGUUUUAUUAAAUCUAUGUCAAAAUCUCCGUUGACUUUAAGUAAUACCACAAUGUACCCUGUAUUGCUCGGCGUAUCCAUUGCCGACCGAAUCGACACCGACUUUAUGAACUCCAAGUCCGGAUACAUCGAUUUCAAAAGUCGCAACAAUACGAACCGGCCGACUGACGUAGCUGAAAACGCGUAAAACAUAAAUAUUGAAAUUAUAAAACGAAACAAAAUCUGGCGGGAGGGGACGGCUCGUAUAAUUUGUUGGAUAACCAGAGGUGUCUAGUUUGUUUUUUUUUAUUAGUAGGACGCGUCUCAAUAAUAUUUUCAUAAGAUUUAAGAAACCAAAUUUUCACAGAACAAAUAAAAACAAUUAGCAUUGCGCAAUGGUUAUUGUUUCAAUUAUGAAUUCUGAGCGUACCGACAGGAAUGCAUUGGUUUUACUAUAUGUUUUUUUUAGCGAAUGCGUGUCUAAAAACCACUUUUCCACCGAAAAUCUUACGCUAAUCCAAAUGUUUAUGAGAACUUUCUUGUAGAAUAUUUCAUCUAGUCGGUACACGGAGGGGCGAUAUUAUUUGAUUUUCCUUGCAGUUUCCCUAAUCAAUUGGGGAAAACCGGACAUUUUUGUUAAUUCUGGGUUCCCUUAUCAACAAGGGAAAAAUUACGAUUAAUAAUACUCUGUUCAGAAUCGUUUUUCGUUAGUUGCAAUGGUUUAUCGUUGCGUACAGAUAUACAUUGAAUUACACAUCCUUUAUUAUGCCCUCAUAAAACAGCGGUACACUCCCAGCAGUAUAUCAGCCUUUAUUUUUCGAUAUCACAAAUACAAAUAAAGUGAUAAGUAAUCCAAUAGUAUAUAAUACGAACAACGAUAAUAAUUGCAGUAUUUAUUUGUGAUUUUUAUAUCAAAACCAAGCUAUGGGAAAAUUCGAUUAAGGGUUCGAAAAGAGCAUCUAAUACGCGUCUUCGUGUAACGUCAUCGGUGAUUUCAAUCGGAUUAUUGUUGUAUACUUUUUUUUUUUUAAAUUUAAUAAAUUAAUUUAUUAUAUUAUAUACGCCGCGAGUUAAAUAUUCGAAUUAUCUAUAAUGAAUCUGUAAAAACGAAGGGAUUCGUGCAAUACGUACAAGGCUUCACUCCUGUGGCGAAAUUCGCGUUUUGAUUAUUAUUCUGUCGGAUAAAUGAUCAUUCUCGUAUCUUGUGUGCAAUAACGUGACAAAUACGAUAAUGGAAGUUAUUAUCACGCGAUUUAAUAAAACCCUAGAUAUUUAUGAUGUAUAAAUAGCUCGAAAAAAUUAUAAAAAUCGAAUCGGGUCAAACUGAACUUAUUGCAUCCGGGUCUAAUGUUUUAGACAAAACUUUUUCUUUUUCUGUUUGUUUGUUUCCUGAAAAAGUUUGAAUAGUGGAGGGGUUCGGUUACUGCACACAGCCAUUUUUCACGAGGCGUAUGCGACGUGCAAACGUAUAAAAUAUACUGUAGCGAUAUUGUUGUGAACGUUAAUUACAAUAUCGAAUUUUUUAUAAUGUACGAGUAUAAUAUUGUUUAGCAUUCAAUAAUAUUAUUUAGCAACUAUAUCUAUACCAUUAUUAUAACCGCGCGAAUAGAUAAGAUCGAAACAAGAUUAUUUUUUUUAUCUAAAAUUAUUAUUAUUCAUUUUUUUUUUUUUAUUCUACAGUAGUCUUUGAUAUUCAGAUGGGUGCACGUGAUUUUCGUGUCGGGAACACAUUUUCGAACGGCUUGCGAAAAAUGCUAAUAAUACCAAUAAUAAUAAUAAUAACAGAAACACGAUUCGGAAACCGAAUAUGUUUUAUUUUUUUCCCGAGAAUUUGUGCUCGAACGCGAAAAGCAAUAACGCGUAUACGACUCAUCACGGUACGUACGUUUUUUUUUUUUAUUAAAAAUAUUGUUUGUGUAUGUAUGUAUACCUAGAUAUACCUAUUUCUAUACUGUUGUGUUUUCGCUUCCAGCACAUGACAGUGGCUCAACGUAUACCUAACCAUAGGCAACCCACGCGAGGAGUUUUAUUUGAUAAAAUAUCAGCGAAACCCGCCGGGGAUAAAUGAUAACAAUAAUAAUAAUAAUAAUAUUAUUAUAUGUUUAUUACAUUAUUGCGGCCACCUGAAUUCGAUCUACGGAAAUUUCAUAAACCAGAUAUAUUUUCGUGUUUUGUAGUGUUAUCAAAGUAUUUCUCUCUAUAUCUCUCUCUCUCUGUCUCUCUUACAAGUUUACGGAUAAAUUGUCGUCAAGUCGAUAAAUAACAUACUGAAUUUACUAUAAUAUUAGAUACCUAUCUACGCUAUCGUGCAGUGUACAGGGUGAUCGACAUAACGUAAGACACUAAUUGUCUCGAAACGUAUUAUAACUUUUAAGGAAUAUGUUUUUUUAAAACGUUUAAAAAAUAAGUAGCUCAAAAAUGUAGAAUUUCAGUUAUUUUUUUUUGUUCUUAUUUUAAGGAAUGAAAUUACUACCUAUAUUUUUGAUUUUAAAAUGGUAACUUAUAAUAAAUAGACGGAUUAUUAUUUUAAAUACAUUUCGGUGUUGAUAUAUUUUUUGAUUUCCAUCCACCUAUAACUAUUUCAAACUAAUACUCACUCUAUUUAUGGAAUUUUUAUUAUAAGUUGCCAUUUUGAAAUUCAUAGUAUAGGUAGUAAAUUUCACUCCUUAAAAUAAAAGCGACAAAAAAUAACUGAAAUACUACAUUUUAGAGCUACUUAUUUUUUCAGUUUCAAAAGUAAAACCCCUUAAAAUAAGGGUGACAAAAAAAAAAGAGUAUUGUGACGUUUUAAAGCUACUUAUUUUUUAAAUGUUUUGAAAAACAAAUUCCGUGAGUUAUAAUAGUUUCCGAGAUAAUGAGCUAGUGUCUUACGUUAUGUUAACUACCCUGGCACUCUGUAUAAUGUACGUUUUUUACCUAUUGAAGUUAAUAUUAUUUUCCCGGAAAACGGGUUGAGAAAAUUGAUAUUGCUGAGUGUUUAGGAGGAAAGUGCGGAAUAGAGGGUAUACUUAGUGUAGAGUAAUUUAAUUUGUGUCUGUAUAAUGUAAUAAUAAACCAUUGUUAACAAAAAACGAUUUUGAACGGAGGAUUAGUAGUCGUAUUUUUUCCCUUUGUUGCCAAGGUAACCUGGAAAUCAAAAAUUAUGCAUACAAUAUUUCCAGUUUUUUCCAACUGUUAAGAAAACUAUAAGGAAAAUCAUAAAAUGACCUCUUCACCACACCAACUAGAUCAAAAAUACCACAAAAAAUUUCCUAUAACGUUUUUGUUUGGAGUAACAUUUCUGAUAGAAAAUUGUUUACAGACGCACGCACACAAAAUCGUGUUACUCGGAAUAAAAGAGUUCAUCGAGUAAAAAUUAGUUAUAUUUAAUUUCCACCAAACCUUAUCUUAUAUGUUCGAUUAAAUUGUUUCAGUUUUAUCAAAAAUAUAUUGCUAAAUCAAGUUUGUGUAGGGUUUCGAUUUAAAUUUUUGUUUGUACAAAGUCGAUAAACAAGUCGAGUAAAAUUUCACAGAAUUUUAAUAAUGAACAAUUUCCCCAUUCACCGCUCCAAAACUCUAUAAGUCGAGUGUAAUUUAUUGUAAAUGUUAAUGAUUUUAAAUUAUGAGUAACGCGAUUUACCGUGGUGAGUUUACUUUAUUUUCACAGAGAACGCUUACAACGGCAAAAAAGUUUUAUUCGACAAAGUUUAAGAUAAGAUUGGUAGUAUACCUAUACUUUGAACUUUUGAUAUAUGAACACAUAUUACGGAUACGGAUACUCAACCGAUAUUUCACUUACAGUUAAAAAUUAAUUGCAGCGGAUUUAAGUGUGUGUGCAAGUGAUUAUAAUUUUUUUUCUUUCUAUUUUUUUUUUAAAAAAAGUUUGAAAAAUAUAUCCCACCUUUUUGGAGAGGUUAUUUUUGGAAUUUUCCAGUGUUUGGUUUACACACGGAAUUGCGGAAUUUCUGCAUGUAUGGCGACAUUAAUUUAUUACGAAAUUAUUAGCGGUUUAUCCACUAGGUGUAUUUUUUUAAUUCUAGCCAAUAUCCGGGUUCCCUUGGCGACAAGGGAAAACACGACUAAUACUAUAUUCCGCUUAGGAUCGUUUUCCGUUGGCAGCGAUUGAUCGUCGCGCGCGCAGUGUAUAAACGAAAUUAAACCCGUGUAAAUCCUAUGUAUUCUCAACUGUUCACCUCCGACCACUUAUCUAUACUAGUGAGAGGUAUCAACUUUAAAAAAAAAAAAAUACACUCAAAUAUAUUUAAUCGAUAUUGUUGUUGAAUGGAAUCCGUUGCUAUUGACGGUAUCCCUACUUACACACUUACCCGUGUACAUAUAGAUAAUAAGCGAGUUUGGCUUUGGCGUUAGGGCGGCGCCACGAAAACCGAUGCAACGGCGAUAUUAAAUUACAGACAUCCUGUGGGUGAUGUGUGUGUGCAAAAGUCGGAAAGGGUGGAAUUUUGAAGGGUUGUUGUCUAAGGGCGGUGAAAAAUCCCGAUUUUACACCCAUACUACCGCCGCGGGGACCGUAAAAACUCGCGCGGCCGUCGUCGUUUCGUCGGGACGCGACGCGCUUUAAUAUUACUACCUAUUGCGUUGUAUACGCGAAUCGAUAAACCGAAAAAUCGGAACCUUAAGACGACAAUAAACAUUUUCUCCCCGUCCCGUAAAGCCGAUAAUUUUUUAAAUUAAACGGGACCGGGUUUGGUAAAAUAAAAAUAAAUCAAAUCAAAUCAAAUCAUACUGAACGCCAAACCGCCGCUUGUGGCGAGCAGCUGACUUAAAGGACGGCGAAAAAUGGUAAUUUCGACCUUCUAUUGUCCUGAUGAAUACUACGUGUACGCGGCCAUGGCCAUCGACACUGUAUGUAUAGAUGCCGGAGAUCGAUUACAAUAAUAAAAGUUUAGCUAGACUAUGUAGUUAAGAAAAAAAAAAAAUAGAAUGUAAGAAAUUAUGUCGGUUAUUUCUUUUAAUAAACAAUUUUAACUUAUUUUAGACACCUGCCCAUUUUGUUUUAGAAUAACUCUUUUAACAAGGUAGUUAAAAAUUGGUGAACUUGCCAAGUAUUGGUUAAAUCUCGUUUUUAAAUGCACGUUUUCUCUCCACAUGAGAUAACAAAUUAAAAAUACUGCAUUUUGAACGAUUGUCUCCCCCCCUUAUCCCACAGAGACGAGCUCCUAGGACAUAAAUCUUGGGCGCUGAUCACACAUUAAUGCAAGAUACAACAUACAAUUGAGGUAGGUAAAUCAUUGACAGCGAAAAACUAUUCUGGGUGGAAUAGUAUUAAUCGUGUUUUUUUUCCUUUAUCGCAAGGUAAUCCAGAUAACAAAAAAAACCUACAAAGCGAAAUGUUGAACCUAUCGAUAAAUGUUUCGGAUAAAUUAUACCACCGGCCGGAAAUUACGCGUUUUAAAAGGUACUGCGUGAAAAAAUCUGAGCUGUUUUACUUUUCAAAAAAGUGUUUUUCGAGAAAACUGCCGAUCUAAUUACUUCUUCUUUUUCUACUAGGAAUCAAACUAACUAUAUCUAAAAUUUAUGUACCCAAAUUUUUUUACGAAAUAUAACGAAACGUAUUGGUCCGUUGAAACCGUUCCGUUAUUUAAAUCACGUGAAAUUAAAAUGAAAAAUCCGUUCCCUGUACGGAAAACAAAAAUAAUGCCCGGCACAUAAUAAAUAAUCAAUACGUGGGUAUAAAAGGUUGCGAAGUGUGAUAAUGAACGACAUAGCAUUUAUUGUUUUUGUAGACCGCGGAUUGCAUAACACUCUGUUUGUGUACGGUAUCAAUGAACGUAUAGAAUUAUUCAUAUCGCGGUACGGAAAUAAAUAUCAAUAAAUUUCGAAAGGACACAUUGCAGGUAUGAGCCCUGGGACACGGUUUGCACCGUGAGUAGGCCACUGUUUUGAGCGAAAAACCGGGCGAAGGUUCGACGACGAUAUUUUAGUUGUAUACGGCGAGAGCGCCGGUAAGCUCCGAUUGCAAUGAAAAAAAAAAAAAAAAAACGACUCUAAUCGGAGCCCGGUAAAGUGGUACGGUAUGUUAUGAGGCUGUAUAAUAGUAUAGUUAUUCGUCUUGUUUUUGUUUUUGUUGCACGGCCAAGGAAACGUGAAAAAUAAACCGACGCUGUCGGAAUGGAAAAUCUCUUAUGAAUCUUAAAAAAAAAAAAAAAAACGUUCGCGUAAAGUGUCCGCACCGGGUGGACGUUCCGCGUCUUUUAACGUGUACUGAUCGAAAAAAAUCGGAGUCUUUUUGACUGACCGAAAAACACAUUUUAGUAAAACGUUUUUCUCGCUAUUGUACACUCGAUAUUGAAAAAAAAAAACAACGAAACAAGCGACACAAACGGGACUAACUAUUACACGAUAAGCGGGACCCGGCGUUUUUGAAAAUCGGUACGGCCCUCGGUAAUUAAGGGGACGCGUCCGGUCGCUCGUCGGAUUGAAUCGAAAAACUCAAAGAAAACGAGGCGGACGGGGGGGUACCGAGAUUCACGUUCCCGUCACACUGGAUAUGGUCGAAAAUGCUGUUGUUGUUGCGUUCUCCCGUACGAAAGUCGGGAUGCGAAAAGGUUUGUCAGGAGCGGGUGGUCGGGAGGCGCCAAAGGCCGGCGACUUACCCACGUAACAGGCGCAAAACACCGGCGUGGAGACGACGGUCAGCGCAAAGGACACGCACGCGAACAGUCCGUCCCGGUAACGGCGGCGGUGCGGCCGGUCUUGGGCUUGCUGGUUUUCCGCGGCCACUGCGAACAAACAAACGCGGCGAGAUCACAAAAACGGCUCGUCACGGCACUUUAUAUUGGCCACGGUCGGCGGCCGCAGCGCGGUGUAUAACGCGUGCGACCGGUGGCGGGGGGGGGGGGGGGGGGGGGUGACGGUGGUUGUACGAUUUUACUUACUCGUUUUUAUUGGGUUCUCGUUCGGUUUUUUCGGAGACCCGCGGAAAAUUCACGUGUUGUCACCGGCGGCGGUUACCUGUUCCAUUGCGCGCGCGCGCGCGUGUAACAAUGUUCUGAUAUUGCGUGCAAUCACGCUGGUGGUUCGCCGUCGACGUCCGCGGCUGUUGCAGC